ACUUAUCAGUAUCCCCAAGAAUGAUGUCAUUUCCAUCUGGAUAACUCCUCUCCUCCUCCUCCUCCUCUCUCACUCUUCUGUCUUGCAGAAGAAUACAAAGAUAUGCCAAUCUUCACUGCCACAUUGGUGGGUUCAGUCACAGGCCUCUCUUCUCUGUCGCAGCUCCUCUUCACCACCACCACCACCACCACCACCACCACAGAUGUCUGUGUCAAUAACCCAUUAAUUUUUUCUAGAUUCGGUCACAAGAUUUCUUGUCCCAUCAGAAGGCGUCUCUUCUGCACUGCCGAAAAUUCUGCUGCUGGGGUUCUCCAGGACUCCUCUCCCUCAGUUGACUCUGUUGCUCGGCAAUCUCGGAGGUCUGCUGAUUGGAAGACAGCGAAGGAUUACAUUACUAGUGGAAUAGUCUAUGAGGGAAGAGUUGAAGGAUACAAUAGUGGAGGUCUGCUGGUUCGUUUUCGUUCUCUUGUGGGUUUUCUUCCAUUCCCUCAGUUGAGUCCAUCUCAUUCCUGCAAAGAGCCACAGAGAACCAUUCAAGAGACUGCAAAAGGAUUGACUGGUUCACUUAUUUCUUUCAAGGUUAUCCAAGCAGAUGAGGAGAACAGGAACUUAAUAUUCUCUGAGAAGGAAGCUGCAUGGUCAAAAUUUUCUGGAAAGAUUAACGCGGGGGAUAUCUUUGAAGGAAGGGUGGGCUCUGUUGAGGAUUAUGGUGCCUUCAUUCACUUGCUGUUCCCUGACGGUCUUUAUCAUCUCACAGGACUAGUACAUGUCUCAGAGGUAUCAUGGGAUUUAAUUCAAGAUAUAAGAGACAUUUUAAAUGAGGGUGAUGAAGUGAAGGUGAAAGUUGUUAAUGUUGAUCGUGAAAAAUCAAGGAUUGGUCUGUCAAUUAGACAGCUGGAGGAAGAUCCACUUUUAGAAACUUUGGACAAAGUUAUCCCUCAGGAUGGAUCAACUGGUCUGGAUUCUUUGGGCAUGAGCAAUAUUAUUGAACCUCUUCCAGGCCUUGAUUCAAUACUUCAGGAGCUACUGCAGGAGGAUGGGGUUGAUGAGGUAAGAAUCAAUAGGCAAGGGUUUGAAAAACGGGUGGUCUCACAAGACCUACAGCUCUGGCUAUCAAAUGCUCCACCUUUGAAUAACAAGUUUACCCUCCUUGCCCGUGCUGGAAGACAGGUCCAGGAAAUACAACUGAUAACGUCACUUGAUCAGGAAGGUAUCAAAAAGGCAUUGCAGAGGGUUUUGGAACGCGUCCCUUGACAAAAUUGCAUGACUCUGAUAAUUUGAGAAAAGACGUCAUGGCUGGUAAAACCAGUUUUCCUUCUCAUUACGUCUGUACAGAAUAUAUUUUUAUCUCAAACAGGCCUCACUGUAUAUUCUGUGGAUUACAUAUCAAAAAGUUUUAGUUCAAACUGUACAGUGUUGUUUAGUUUCUUUUUUCA